AAAGCGGUAAAUAAGUAAUGAAUGAAUGAAAACAUUGAAUGAAAACAACUGUUUGAUUGUAUGUCUUAAGUCCUAAUGGAUGGACACGAGAGACGAAUUAAAGCAAUCGAUAACAAGACAGCAAAGACCAUCUGUUCGGCACAAGUGAUCACUUCGAUAACAAAUGUGGUCAAAGAGCUGCUCGAGAACGCCAUCGACGCCGAGGCCACUGUCAUCACUAUUCGGCUCAAAGAGUUUGGUAAAGAUAUCAUUGAAAUCACUGACAAUGGCAUCGGAAUUGAUGAACAAGACUUUAGUAAUCUAUGUAAAAGACAUUUUACAUCUAAACUCAAUGACUUCGAAGAGUUACCUUUCAUUACAUCGUAUGGAUUCCGCGGCGAAGCACUCAAUUCAUUGGCCAAUAUGUCUGAUCUGUUGAUUCAAACACGACAUCUGAGUCAAGCUAUCGGAUCCAGUCUUAAGUUUGACUCGGAUGGCAAUGUUAUAUCACGAGAAGCUGUUGCCCGAAAUGUUGGAACAACUGUUUCAAUACAAAACUUGUUUUACAAGAUUCCUGUCCGAAGAAAAGAGUUUCACAAAAAUAUUAAGAGAGAGUUCGACAAAAUGAUUCGUCUUGUGAUUGGAUACUGUGUCGGAACAGUUGGACUAAGGAUUAAUUUGACGAAUCAAAUGAAUAACAAACCGAAACAAACGCUACUCUCGAGUCCCGGUCUUAGUACUAAAAACAAUAUCAUUGAAGUGUUUGACUCAAAACAAUUGAAUCAAUUAAUUGAUUUCAAUGAAUGCCAACAAUUGUGUGGAGAAAGUGAACAAACGUUAAGAAUAUCGGGACUCAUAUCAAAGUGUGACACCGGUUGCGGCCGCGCGGCCACUGAUAGACAGUUCUUUUAUGUUAACCACAGACCAUGCGAUGUGAAGAAUAUCCAAAAGUUUAUUAAUGAUAUCUAUCGGACAUUUAAUCGAAAUCAAUAUCCAUUUAUUUUAGCUAAUAUUGAAAUUAACAAGAAUUGCGUUGAUUUUAACUUAUCGCCCGAUAAGAGACAACUAUUGAUUGCCAACGAAGACCAGAUAUUUGCCAUAAUUAAGGAUUUGUUGUUUCGAUUGUAUAACAAAGAAACGAAUUGUCAAUUAACUUCAAUGACUAAAUUCACUUCAAACGUUAGACCAAUUUCUUCAUUAGAAAGAUCAGUAGAUGAAGAAGUAACUGAAAUGACGUCUCAGCCAUUGAACAUUCCUCGAUGUCGAUCGCCAUGUGAUUCACUAUUUAAAGAGAUUAAUCGUGAAGCUGUUGUCGUGACGCCUCCAAUAACUCCCAGAAUAGAUACAGAGAUUGAGAAUACAUCUAAAAAAUCAAAUAAUAAUAAUCCGAAGUCUUUUACAACAGCUAUGAAUGUUUUAAAUGAACAUAUUAUUCAUAGACCACCAGUUAGAGUAUCCAAUGAAUCUUCUUCUAACGUUUCUCAUGUCAUUCAAAGACAAUCAAAUAAUAUUAUACCAAUUGAUUCUAAUAGUAGUUAUCAAAAUGCCUGUCCAUUGACACAAGUUUCAGUUCCUAUCAUUGUUAGAGAAGUACCAAUGAGUUCUCAGUCUGAAGUCAUUACUUGUGGUCAAUCGAAUAAAAGAAGUACUGAUAGUCUGGAUUCUUCUAAGCCUAAGAAGUGUAUGACUGAGUGUUCAAUAAUGAUUGAUGACGAUUGUGAUAAUGAUUAUAAUGAUAACACUAUUGGUAAUAUAGUCGACAUAGAUAUUGAGUCAAUUAAAGCACAGUAUUUAAAAACAACUUUGAAAAACAAUGAAUCGACAAUUGAUAAUAGAUUUACUGCUAAAAUUCAAUUAUCUCAGAACGAAGUGGCAGAAAAUGAAUUAAAUAAUGAAUUAAAAAAAAGUUCAUUUGAAGAGAUGCUAAUUAUAGGACAAUUCAAUUUGGGAUUUAUUAUUACAAAACUAUCUAAUGAUCUGUUUAUUGUCGAUCAACACGCGUCUAAUGAGCGCUUCAAUUAUGAAAAACUUCUGGAGGAAACAGUUAUUGAGAACCAAAAACUUGUUGCACCGCUGCCUCUGGAGUUGAGUUCAGCCAACGAACAAGUAGUUAUUGACCACUUGAAUACAUUCAAAUCACUGGGAUUUGGUAUUUUUGCCGAUGAAACUGCAAAACCAGGACAUAGACUUUAUUUGGCAACUCUACCCAUUAGUAAAGAAUGGACGGCCGGUAAGGAAGAUAUUGAAGAGAUUGUCGGAACAAUAAUUGAAACACCAAUUGAAUUGUUGGCUAAUUAUAAACUGAAUGGUUUUAAAAAAGUAAUCGCUUCCAGAGCUUGUCGUUCAAGUGUAAUGAUUGGUGAGUCUCUAUUUAAUUCUCAAAUGAAAACAAUUGUUACACAAAUGAGUCAAUUGAUGAAUCCGUGGCAUUGCGCUCAUAACAGGCCAACCAUAAGACAUUUGAUUAACUUAUCUAACAUUUCGAUGCUUUCAAAUAAUUGUAAUAAUUAUUAA